GUUCACUUUAUUUGGUUUAAUUAAAUCAUUAUGAUUUCGUUUUUUAGUUACAAACAUCACACUACAACAAUUUAAGUAUUUACAUUACUUUAAAACCAAGCACUUCUAAAUAUAUUAGUGAAAUUUAUUUAUACAAUGUCACUUUAACAAUUAUAUUAGGUUCUAAAUAAUUUAUUUUCAAAAUGUGCGACAGUUCGACCAGUGCUAAUCCAAUUUCUUCCGAAUAUAAUGUAACACCUAGUAGACGAGAACGAGAAAAUAAAUUUAGUGAAAAGACUGAAGAUGCGGCUACAACAGAUUCUGAAGAAUAUUUAUCUGAACCUCUGAGGUAUAAGAACUUCCAAUACUCAGCACAGUCCAGUAUCUCUAAUAUAACUUUAUCAGUUCAAAAUUCAAGAAUUGAAGAAGAAAAUGGUAACUGCUUUCCACAAAUUCCCAAUGGACUUAUAUCGUUUAAUAAUAUACAGAUUCCAAUUGUAGGAUAUGAGAUUAUGGAAGAACGUGCUAGAUUUACAGUAUAUAAGCUAAAAGUAGAAAACAAAGAAACUGGUGGCUUUUGGUACGUCUUCCGGCGUUACACGGACUUCGUUCGCCUGUGUACUAGAUUAAGAACCAAUCAUCCUAACAUAGUACAACAUUUACCAAGGAAGAGAUGGUUGAAGAAUAACUUCGACCCUAUCUUUUUAGAGGAGAGAGUCAACGGUCUCCAGACUCUCGUCAAUGCUAUCUUAAGUGUACCUGAACUCAUCGCUUCCCAAGAAAUACAGGACUUCUUCUGUCUAAACGAACCUCCUGUGUAUUCUGAAACUAGUGAAGAAACCAAAGCAAUAUUCGAGGCCUUAGAAGAAACCAUUAGUUAUCUCAAACAACAAGUCCGUGAAAAAGAUGCUUCCAUUGAUUCCUUAGAAGUAAAGUUACAUUCCUUAUCGACGGAAAAUGAAAAUUUAAGAAAGCUUAUUAGUAAUUCAAUGAUGAGUUGUCAGAAAUGUCAGAAGGAAUGUGAGAAUAUCCAAAAACUGUCAAAGUGAUACCAAUACUUUUCUCCUAUUGUUAAAAAUGAAUUUUAUGUGAUCAAAGUUGACUAAUUUGAAUAUUUUUUAUGAGAUAUUUUUAAUAAUUUAUAUACUAAGAAUAAUACAAGGAUCUACUUCUU